UUUCAGUCUUUUGAGUUGAAUCGUGCCUUCAUGGUUGGGUCUCGAAGCUUUAUUAUUAUAUCUUGAUAUCAUUUGUUUUUGUUUAAUGUUAAAAUAUCUACAAAGUUAAAAAAGAAAAUUAAACCUACUUAAAAUAAAGAAGUAUAAAAUAAACGAUUUAAAAGAAAUUUCAACAACUCCAUCUAUAUUUUAAAUAUAUAAAAACAAAUCAAACGGAUUAAACACAUUUUAUAAACAAAAAAGAAAUUUUAAAGUAUAACUUUUUUGUGAUACAUUCGUGUGUUAAAUAAAACAAAAAUAAUUCGUCGUCGUCGUGCAUCACAAAGAGUGUUGGGAAAAAUUAAAGUUUCUUUCCCAAAAACAAAUUAAAAAAGAAAAACAAAUUUACAUAAAACUUGAAAUUUCCUUUGGAUAAUUUUUUUGAUUUACCUAAAUAAAUAAAUUUAAAUUACAACAAACAUGUCUAUCGCCAGUGUGCAUCAACCUCAAAUCAAUGACAUGUACAGUCCACUUGGACGAAGCAGUUUAAGUAUGUCAUCGUCGCUGUCAGAUUUAGUUGGCAGUCCAUUGGAAAUAUCCAUGGAUAAUGUUCUAACUAUUGAAGAGCUACGUGCUCAUAUGGGAUCAUGUUUCACAUGUGGAGUAUCAUGGACUGAUGAUCAUGUUUCAUUGGAUUGCGGUGAAUGUGGUGGAUAUAGUUUAGAAAGACCAUGCCCCUUGUGUGAUGGACAAUGUGGUGUUCAAUGGAAGCGUGACUUUACGAUGUCACACGCCUGCAGUAAAGCCCGUUGGCAAGGUGUUUGUACCAGCUAUCCAGAAGCUUUGCUCUCAGCACCAGCCACCAUCGUUCCAUCUGUCACCUCAGCAUCAUGCGCCGCAUCGAAUCAACUGCGGUUAGCACAAGAACUAUGUGCGAGGUUGGAACAACUGUCAGCCAGUGCUCACACAUGAUUGGAUAACAUUAUUUCCACCACAUCCACCAACGCACUAUAGAGACCAACAUCAAACUAUUCAUACAAUCUAUAGUUAAGGAGAAGAGAGAUAGAAGAUAAAUAAUGCAGCAAAUUAUAAUUUAAUCAAUUCUGCGAAAGCUUUUGCUACUUAUUGUAUUUUGUUUUUAAUUGAUUCUUUUUUUUUAAUUAUUUGAUAAUGAUUAAGUUUAGUUUGUGUAUAAAAAGAAAUUAGUUUUUAAGAGUUGAAUCAAUUUCACGAGACUUCAUAUUUCAUAAACUAUUUUUUUCAUCGAAAUCGUAUACGAUUUCAAGGAUAAAUAUUUAAGCAGACAUGUUUCUCGUGGGUUGUUUCCUAUGCUAAGUUGUUUUUGUAGUAACGGUUUUAGUCUUAGCUAUGAUCUGUCAAACUAUCUAAGUUCUUCUUUGUUUGUUAUUUUUAGACUUUAUACAAACGCUCAAGAUGUUUCCUUAAAACGAAAAACUAUUUAGGAAACUUUUUAACUUUUGAAACUAUUUUUUUAAUUUUGUUAAAAAGACGUUGUAUCCUAUAAAUAAAAAAAGAAAAGACUAUAUUACGAUAUUACAUAAACUAACACAUACACCCCCUCCACACACACACACAUAAGUAAAUCAAUAUGUAUAUAUAAACAAAAAUGUAUAUUAGAAAUGACAUAACUAUGUAAUAAAAAAAGAUGAGGAAUAUUUUUGAAUAGAUAAUCAUUAAUUAUUUUUAGAAAUUAUAUAAAACAUUUGAUAAAUGCAUUCGAUUGAGCAAUACCAAAAUGAAAAGAAUAAAUUUUUAAAAUGUUUUGGCAGUUAAAUGAGAUUUAUUUCAAACCAAAACAAAACUUAACCAAUUAGACUAGAAAAUAAAAAUGUAAUAGUUUAUUUUGUAAAUAUCAUAAAUACAACAAAAAGUGAUAUGUAUUUUUAAAUUUAAAAUUUUAAACAAAAUUACAUUUAUUGUUUUAAUUUCUAUUGUUUAUGUAAUUUAACACAAAAAAAGAAAGAUGAAAAGAAGAUUCAACUAAAAAUGCUCAAAAAAUUUAAAAAUCUAUUCAAAUUCAAUUUUUUAUUUUUAUUGUAUAAUUUGUCAUUAUGGAUUUUCUGUGAAAAUCCUCAUUUUGUUUUAAAAAUACAUAUGGAUUAGUAAAAGACAAAAAUAUUAGCAACUACUUAUGUAUGUGAGAAAUUUUUGGUAUCGUGUUGUGACGUUAUAAUUUGAAAGAAUUUAACGGUUGAUAUAACACGCUGCUUGGUUAUUAAGUUAAGUUAUUAUAUAAAUAUUGUAUUAGAAAAGAUUUUUUUUUCAUUUAUAAUAAUUUCUACAUUAAAUAUAUAAUUUAAUUUUUUGUUUAAAA